AUGGCGCCGAUCUGGUUGUUCUUACUUGAAGAGAAUAACCUUCUCAAUUCAGACUCCACCAAGGAGACCACCACCGCCGCCGCCGUUCUUCUUCUUCUGGUUUUGUCCGGUCAAGGAAUCGGUCAACGAUCCAAGACCGAAUCCGGCCAGGAUCUUCUUGAUACCGAGACCGCCGAGCAAACCGUCGACAAGACCACCCAGGCCAAGACCGCUCAGCAGUUGACCAACAAGUCCCAGGACACCGUUGAGCAACAAGCCGACGGCGGCCAAAAUCUGGAAGAGUGGCUCGCUCAAGAGUCCCCAGAGUGGGUUGAGCUCCUUCUUGGCGUGAGGCAUGCCCUCGAGCUUCUUCUUGGCAUCGUCGAUGCACUUGGUGACGGUGCCGGUCAGCUCCUUGAGGUUGUCAGCCAGGUGAUACUCCUCAGGAGUGGCCUCACGGCUGGCUGUCUUGUGCUUGGCGUUGGCCUGAAUACGUCCAUCAGGGUCGAGUCCACGAAUGCCGCCGUUGGCCUCGGAAAGGAUCUUGCCACCCUCCUCGAUCAGAGGCCUGACAUCCCUGACAAGAGCUUCCUCGUCAAGCUCAUCCUUGGGAGUGCGCUCAGCCUUCUCAAUUUUCUUAGGGGAGGAACUUACGCUGCUGAUCAUGGAGCAGAUGGGCUUGACCUUCUCCAAGACGCCCUCAAUGAGCAUGCUCAUCUUCUUAGCGAGCUCCUUGUCCUUCUCGGCCUGCUCCUCCUUGGCCUUGUCCUCAGGGGACUGUUCCUCAACAGGCUCAGGAGGGAUGUCCUCGAGCAGAGAAACGUGACCAAUUGUAGUGCCCUUGCCGUCGACGACGUCUCCAUCGUCAUCAAUCUCCUUGCCAGAGCAGAUGCUGAGGUUACCGCUGGUGAGCUUGCCAACGAGGUUUCCGUCUGCAUCGACGACGUUACCUUCCUUGUUGACACGACGGCCAGACAGAGGGUUCUUCUUCUUCUCGACCUCGGGCUCCUCGUAGCGUUCAGCGUGGCCAAGAACGUUUCCGUUCUUGUCGCACACAUCACCAUCCUCGUCGACGCUGCGACCGGACAGGGUCUUGCCAUCACCCUUUGUCAGGCGACCGACAACAUCGCCGCCAGGGGUGACGACCAUACCAUCCUUGCGGACGGUGAGGCCCUGAAGCUCGGCGAAGGGGCCCUCCUUGGAACCCUCACGUUCGCCCUCAGUCACAAUCUCGGCGCGGCCGAUAAUGUCACCGCUCUCGCUGAGGAUGUUGCCCUUCUUGUCGCACAUGCGACCGAUCAUGCGCUUGGCAUCACCCUCUACGACGCGGCCGAAGAUGGUGCCGCUGCUAUCGACAACGUUGCCGGCCUUGUUGACACGCUUGCCAGCAAGGAUGGAACGGUCAACCUCGGGUUCAGGCUCAGCCUCGGGCUCAGGCUCGGCCUCCCAGCGUUCAGCCUUGCCGACAACGUUUCCGCUGCGGUCAAGGAUGUCACCAUCGGGGUCAACCUUCAUGCCGCGGAGCUUCUUGAUGUCGCCCUCGAUGACCUUGCCGAUCUCCUCUUCGUUGAAGACAACCAUACCCUUGGCGUUGACAGUAGCGUCGGGGAAAGCCUCGAACGGGCCCGACUCCUUGGUCAUGGUCUCAAGCUCAUCCUUGGGGAUAGGCUCGGCCCGACCAAUUAUCUCGCCACUGUCGUUCCAGAUGGCACCCUCCUCAUCGGUCCUCUUGCCGACGAGAUGGGCCAUAACGCCCUCCUUGAUACGGCCGAUGACCUUGCCGUCGCUGUUGACGACAUUGCCACCCUUCUUCUCCUCACCGGCCUCGGCAGUCUCGCCGAGCUUCUCUUCGCCAGCUUCGGCAGUCUCGUCGAGCUUUUGCUCGCCGUCCUUGGUGGCAUCAUCAAGCUUGUCCUCAGUGCCCUCCUUUGUUUCUUCGAGCUUCUCACCAGCCUCGUCGAGCUUCUCCUCGCCGGCUUCCGUAGUCUCACCGAGCUUUUGCUCACCGGCUUCAGUAGUCUCGCCGAUCUUCUCCUCGCCGGCUUCCGUAGUCUCACCGAGCUUCUCCUCACCGGCUUCAGUGGUCUCGCCGAUCUUCUCCUCGCCAGCUUCAGCAGUCUCGCCAAGCUUCUCUUCUCCAGCCUUGGUGGUCUCGCCGAGCUCCACUUGGCUAGUGGCCUCACCGGCCUGGCUUCCGACCAGACCUGUGGCCUCACCGACCUUGCUAGCGGCCUCGCCGACUUUGCUUCCGCCCUCCUUGGCAACGUCGCCGACCUUGCUUGUCGCCUCCUGAGCGGUCUCGGUGACCGGCUCAGUGGCAUCACCAAGUUGACCGGUGACUUUGCCGAGCGCGCUCUUGUCCUGGUCCAAAGCUGCGAGAGGGUUGUUGCUGCUUCCGUCCUCGGCGGCCUUCUUAAUUCUCUCAGUGCUGGUUUCGCUCAUGGGCUCGGGCUCAACCUCAUCGAGGUCGUGCUUGUCCAUGUCGACACCACUGUCACCAUCGCCCUCAGGGUCGACCUUGCUUUCGACGUUGCUAUCGACUCUGCUACGCGAGUCGACGGCAUCCUCGGGCGUCAGCUCCUCGGCGGGUACUUGGUCGUCGUCAUCAGUAGGCAGAUCCUUCUUGGACUCAUCAGCGACCUCUGA